AUGGUCAGGAAUUCAUCAAUUACUCAGGUGCCACACAGAUGGGAAGAAUUGAUAAGGAUGCGGGAGGAAGGAACUAAUAGGCUAAAGAUUAUAAAAGUGGUAUGGAAGUUUCCACCAUCAGGGUGGUUGUUGUGCAAUACAGAUGGGGCCUCUAGGGGAAAUCCAGGUAGGAGUGCUUAUGGUUUUUGUUUGAGGAACAUAGAUGGGAACUUGAUAUAUGCUCAAGCUGCAGAUAUAGGCAUUACUACGAACACAAAUGCUGAGGUGAUGGCAAUUGUAGAAGCUAUGAGAUAUUGUAGGAAUGAAGGGCUUGACAACAUCAUAGUCCAAACUGACUCAGAAAUGAUAUAUAAAAUUUUAGAAGAGGGUUGGAAACCACUAUGGGGAAUUUUUAACUGGAUUGAAGAGAUUUUGGAGAUAAAAAAUGCUAUGACUGUUUCUUUCAGUCAUAUUUUAAGAGAGGGAAUAAAUUGGUAUCUAAUCUAUGUAACUCAGAAGAUACAAUGA